CUUCUAGCUUCGGCAAACUUCGUAAAGGGGCGGGGUGAGGUGGUUUUUUGCGCCCCCGUUAAUCCUUGCGUCCGGUCCUCCCCCAGCUCAAGCAGGGGAGACGAGGUAGGGGGUGUGAGGUGUUUUUUUGCGCCCUACGUCCUCAGCUCGGGGAGAUAAGGGAGGGGGCGUGUACUUCUCCCCGUGGAGAUGUAUGUCCGUCCUGAGCUCAGGGAGGGGAGAUGAGGGAGGGGGCGUGUACCUCCUCUCUCCCCUUGCUCUGCCCUCCCCCAGCUCUAGCUUCGGAAAUCUUAGGAGAGCUGGGGGAGGAGCGGACGCAAGGCUUCACGGGGGCGCAAAAAACCACCUCACAGCGGUUCAAUUUACACCUCCCGCAUGUGACUGAUCACGUGCUUUUGACCUCAUCACAAGUUCUUUUGCCUUUUAGUAUGAAGCAUUUACCAUUUCUCCCUACGUAGACCUGUAUUAGUAAUAAUCCCCUCCCACCCUGAUCACAUGUCCUUUAUAACAUGUGAAACACUAAUUUACAGUGUCGCCGAGUGCGUAGAGUUUCGGCCAUAUUGUUGUGGCCCCCACAAUUCCCUACUAUAUAAAUACUACUUCCUUAAUCCCUGCUAAUCCUGUGUUUCCUGUGAGGCAGAUGUCGAGUGGUUUUUUUUUUUAUUUUUAUUCCUGAUCCGCGUCCAGUAAGAGUUUCUGUCUAUAUUUGUAGUGGGACCUUCUACUCAACUUUUACUGUUUGAGACAAGACUUUUACAUACUUCAUGAUGGACCAAGACAAGAGUCUCAUGGCUGAGAGUAUAUUAAAAAUAACCCUGGAGAUAAUCUGCCUUCUAACUGGAGAGGUAUACACAGUAGUUAAAAAGUCAUCCUGUGAGCAUCGCCACGCAUCGGGAAGAUGGACCAUUCCCCAAAGCCCCAUCAAAAUGCAUCCAUCUCAGCCACUGACACUUAAAAGAGAUAGUAAGCAGAAGAUUCUAGAACUUACUGACAAAAUCCUUCAGCUGCUGACUGGAGAGGUUUCUGCUGGGAAGUAUUUAGAAGAACCCAAAGGCCCGUUUGAGGAUGAGACAGAAAAUCUUGAGGCUCUUUCAUCUCUAGAUGGCUCUAAAGACAGAAGUAAACAACAAAGCUCUUCCAGUCCUGUCUAUUCCGAUUAUACAGAGGAAGAGCAAAGUGAUCCACAUGAUGAAGGUGAAGAGUCACUUCAGAUUAAAGUUGAAGUUGUAGAGGGAGAAGAAGACGAUUUGUACAGUAGUGGUGAUAUGCAAUGUAAAGAGGAGGAAGUCCCCAUAGAUAUUACUGCAGACAAUGCUCACACCAUCAGGAAUCCCACCCCAGAUUGGGAAUUAGAAAAUAACAAGGACUUAGAUAAUUCCCCGGAAGAAAACACAAAUUUCCAAAACAGAACCUCAGAACUUCAGGAUGUCAGUAUAAAUAAUAAUAUUUCCUAUGAUGACGAAAUCACUUCUCCUGAUUGCCAUUUUCCUCCAUAUGGUACAGCUCACAGUGACAACAUUUUCACCUGUGUGGACUGUGGUAAAUGCUUCACCCAGCACGAUGCUCUAUUGAUACACCAGAGGGCUCACGUGGAGGAGAAGUCCUAUCCUUGCUCCUACUGUGGAAAGGGCUUCAAAAAGAAAUCGAAUCUUAUUCAACACUUAAAAAUCCACACUGGUGAGAAACCGUUCCUCUGCUCAGACUGUGGUAAAAGUUUUACUCGGAAAGCUGAUCUCAUAAAACAUCAGAGAAUUCACACAGGAGAAAAGCCAUUUCCUUGUCUUGAGUGCGGCAAAUGUUUUACUCAGAUAUCUGCUCUGAUAAGACACCGGCGAUUUCACCCAGAUGGACACAACGUCAAGAAUACACCAGAAGACCAGCUUAUUGUAUUUCCAGGUUCUAGAACAGAAAAUAAACCUGUCUCUGAAAAGAUUCAAGAAGAAAAUCCUAGUUUUGCGAAUAUAAAUCCAGUACUUCAGGAUGCAGAUAUAAAUAAUGAUUCUUGUUAUCUUAAGGAUAGUAAUGAUCAGACCAGUUUUGCUAUCUAUAAUACAUCCACUAAAAGUGAAAAAAUAUUCCCCUGUCUGGAAUGUGAUAAAUUGUUCACUCAGUAUGCCAAACUUUUGAUACAUCAGAGAAGUCACACAGGUGAAAAGCCAUUUUCAUGUUCCUUCUGUGGGAAAAGUUUUACUGAAAAAUCAAACCUUAUUCAACAUGAGAGAAUUCACUCAGGCGAGAAGCGGUUUAUAUGUUCAGAAUGUGGUAAAGGCUUCACACGGAAAGCUGAUCUUAUCAAACACUUGCGAAUUCACACAGGAGAAAAGCCAUUUCAUUGUUUUGAAUGUGGGAAAUGCUUUACCCAGAAUUCUGCUCUAUUAAGACAUAAGAGAUUUCACUCGGGAGAAAAACCCUUUGCAUGCUCAGAAUGUGGAAAAUGCUUUAAGCAUAGACCUGCUCUUAAUAAGCAUCAAGAAAUUCACAAUCGGGAAAAAUGUGGACCACGAGUUAAAUGUAUGAACUGUGGCAGUUGUGUGGCACAGGAAUAACUAUUGUGUACAGAAUUGGUGAAAAAUGAACAUAUUGGGAAACAUGGUUGUAUAGCAACAAACUGAACACUGCUUUCAAUUUCAACCACUCCCCUUUACUUAAAAAAAAAAAAAAAAUUGUAUACAUGAAAAAGCAGGUGACCAACUCUAAAAUAUGUUUUCAUUUGUCUCCAAAAGUCAUACUUUUCUAACAUUGUUGCAAGUCAUGUUUUUGCACACAUUGCAUCGGGAUAUUGGCACAUGUGGUUUUUCACCUAUAAUCCAGGAGACCAGAUGGUCUCUAGAUUACAUGCUUUUGGCAGUACAGCAUUCUGGUAUCUCAAGGCAUGCUGAGUCAGGGCCUAUUGUCUAUUUAAGGAGUUCAGAGAAGUAUAUAAUUUUUUUUUAUGUAAUGUGUAAAACAAUGUAUGCAGGAGUUUAGUUAUAUGUGGUACAGGAGAUCCAUACAGGGUUCAAAUCUAGUUGCCAGUAUGAAUUUUAAAAUUCUAUUUACCGGUAUUUCUUAUCUAAAUUUUACAAUAAUGUGUAUAUUAAUAGGGCUAUUUAAAGAGACUUAUAAUAUCGCUGCUAUACAAAAUUGCAGCAGUUACAUGCAGCACAAAUCCUAACACACAGUAAAGCCACAUCAAUUUAGUGUUGACUUAAACAAGUAAAAGGGUUGUCCCAUUAAGAAAAAUAGGAUUAAACCGGGGCAUUAUGUGAAAUGAAACAUAUGAAAUGAUGUACAAUUUGUCAAAAUGUACUGUUCUGAUUAUAGACUUAAAGGAGUUCUAUAAGCUAAAACUUUUAACCCCCGCUGUGACCGGGCUGUAAAACU